UGAAAAUUAUAUUUUGACAAAGAGCUAUAAAAUAAGAUUAUACAUAAACAUGGUAAACAAACCAAAAACUAAUCAAAAGCGGACAACCAAAAAUGGAGAUAAAUCAUACGAAGAGAAGGUAGAGGAAAAAUUUAGAGUUACGCGUUACCCACCACGACGAAUUCCAAAACAUGUGCUAACCCGAACCCUGCAAAUAAUUAACGAUGGCAAUGAUGAAUUUUGGUUGAACAGAAAUUCAUCGUGUGCGCCGCCAGUGAACACCACAUGUUCCGAUCUCAAAAGGUGCUCCGAAUCCCACCAGAAACUCAACUUGGCCCGCAAAUGUAUGGUUACCCGAGAUUUUAAAAGCUUGGCCAAACUUCUGACGUCCAAUCUAAUCGGGGAAAAUUGGACUCAGAGGAGUGCAUAUCCCGUAUUCUCAGAAUAUUUUACCAUCCUUUUAAGCUUGGAAGAUCCAGAGCUUUUAAAAAAACUACAGCAGACAAUGUCGCCAUCUGUUUUGCAUUCAACAACCGACAAAACGCCAAAGGAUUCUUCAGAUUCCACCAUGAAGGGAAAAUAACCCAGAAAAAUGCUUCAUUUUUGUAGACUUACAUAAUAGUUUGUAGCAGUUUUAAAAUGAAUAGCAUAACAAAAAAUAAAUAACAAUAAUAAAAAUUGUUUAGGGUAGUUUUUCCAUGCAGCGCUUAACCAUAAUAAAGAAAAUAAAUACGUAAACGUUAUUUUCGAUUUAAAACAAGGCUCUGAUAUUAAUGAAGAUUAAAAUAUAAUAAUCUGAUCCUUGGCCUAUACAGAGUCAUUAUUUUAAUCCUAUAACAACAUUGCACUUCAUUGUGGCCCAGUUUUGAAUGAGGUGAUCUAGACAAAAACAAUACAUCAUUUAGCUCUCAGAGAUAAUAAUCCCUCGAUAAAAACACUGGUGCACUUUUAGAAACUUAU